AGCGCUAGCAUCCUCAGGGCUCCCAAGUCCAGGACUCCCUAGUCUAGCGGCGCUCACCCACAGCAGCUGGACUCUAGCUCGCUCCGGGGCGGCCCCUGGGGGUGGCCGCGGCCUCAGCCCAGCCCCUCCCUCUUCCCUUGCUCCCUCUCUUCGCCUCCCUCCUUGCUCCCUCACCACGUAGGAGUUCCCAUUCUCCACCCCAGCCAUCCUGCUUUUUCCCCUUUCCUUCCUUUUAGAAACCAGAGACUCCGAGGGAGGCGACCAGGCUGCAGAGGAGAGGGCCGGCUCACAAAGUGCUGCUUUGACACAUCUUUAGGAUGGAAGUUAAGUGAAAGCAAAACGACCCAAACAAAACUCCGCGAAGUGGUGCCGCUACGGGGAAGGAAACCCGGGGGCUGAGAAAACCCGGUGGGCAGGCCAAUGGUUGUUCGGCAGCGCGUUGGCAAGUUUGUGGAACACUUUCUAGGAAUUAGGUCUUUUUUGUCCCCGUCAUCUUCUUGACUUCUGAAGAAAGAACUUGUGUUUGGAUUGCAAUGGAGUCUAAGGAGACAGGGCUAGACGCACGUGAAUAGUCCCGUUGGCUGGGCUGAAUUUGUGGGAAUUUCGGAAGCCAGCCUGUGGAAGCACAGCAGCUCUGGAGUCCCUGGGGUUCAUUCGGAUGGCUACCAACCUGUCCCAUGUCAGAACUCUUCGCCAACAGCUUCUGAUGUUGCCAUUUUGCUCCUCUUGACCUUAAUUAAUCUCUAGGAAAGUCUAAACUUCGGACCUACCUCUUUUUUUGAUACUUAUUUUUGUACUUCUGCUCUCUGGGAUUGGUUUCUUAAACAAUCGGGAUCCUUUUUCAUAUGUCAAAAUGAGUCCGCUGAUGUUUACACUUGUAUUGCUCUUUGGAUUUCUCUGCAUUCAGACUGAUGGAUCUCGUCUUCGUCAGGAAGACUUUCCCCCCAGGAUUGUAGAACACCCUUCUGAUGUAAUUGUCUCCAAGGGAGAGCCCACGACUCUGAACUGUAAAGCAGAGGGCCGGCCAACUCCCACCAUUGAAUGGUACAAGGACGGCGAGAGGGUGGAGACAGAUAAGGAUGACCCCAGGUCUCACAGGAUGCUUCUGCCCAGCGGAUCCUUAUUCUUUUUGCGAAUUGUGCAUGGGCGCAGAAGUAAACCUGAUGAAGGGAGCUACGUUUGUGUUGCAAGGAACUAUCUUGGUGAAGCAGUGAGCCGGAACGCAUCUCUGGAAGUGGCAUUAUUGAGAGAUGACUUCCGGCAAAACCCCACAGAUGUGGUAGUGGCAGCUGGAGAGCCUGCAAUCUUGGAGUGCCAGCCCCCACGAGGACACCCAGAACCUACCAUCUACUGGAAGAAAGAUAAAGUCCGAAUUGAUGACAAGGAAGAGAGGAUAAGUAUCCGAGGUGGAAAACUGAUGAUAUCAAAUACCAGGAAAAGUGAUGCAGGGAUGUAUACCUGUGUGGGUACCAAUAUGGUGGGAGAAAGAGACAGCGACCCUGCAGAGCUGACUGUCUUCGAGCGACCCACAUUUCUCAGGAGGCCAAUUAACCAGGUGGUGCUAGAAGAAGAGGCAGUGGAAUUUCGUUGUCAGGUCCAGGGCGAUCCACAGCCAACUGUGAGGUGGAAGAAGGAUGAUGCAGAUUUGCCAAGGGGAAGGUAUGAUAUCAAAGAUGACUAUACCCUGAGAAUUAAGAAGGCCAUGAGUACAGAUGAAGGUACCUAUAUGUGUAUCGCUGAGAAUCGGGUGGGAAAAGUGGAAGCCUCUGCUACCCUCACUGUCCGAGUUCGCCCUGUUGCUCCUCCACAGUUUGUGGUUAGGCCAAGAGAUCAGAUUGUUGCACAGGGCCGGACAGUGACAUUCCCCUGUGAAACGAAAGGAAACCCACAGCCAGCUGUUUUUUGGCAGAAAGAAGGCAGCCAGAACCUGCUUUUCCCAAACCAACCUCAGCAACCCACUAGCCGGAGUUCAGUGUCCCCCUCUGGAGACCUCACCAUCACCAACAUCCAGCGUUCAGAUGCAGGAUACUACAUCUGUCAGGCCUUAACAGUGGCAGGAAGCAUCUUAGCUAAAGCGCAGUUGGAGGUUACCGACGUUUUGACAGAUAGACCUCCACCCAUAAUCCUGCAAGGACCAAUAAACCAAACACUUGCAGUAGAUGGUACAGCUUUACUGAAAUGUAAAGCCACUGGAGACCCUCUUCCUGUCAUUAGCUGGCUAAAGGAGGGCUUCACUUUUCUGGGUAGAGAUCCAAGAGCAACGAUCCAGGAACAAGGAACACUGCAAAUUAAGAAUUUACGGAUUUCUGAUACUGGUACUUAUACUUGUGUGGUUACAAGUUCAAGUGGGGAGACUUCCUGGAGUGCCGUGCUGGAUGUAACAGAAUCUGGAGCAACAAUCAGUAAAAAUUAUGAUAUAAAUGACCUGCCGGGGCCACCAUCCAAACCACAGGUCACUGAUGUUACUAAGAACAGUGUUACCUUAUCCUGGCAACCAGGUACACCUGGAGUUCUUCCAGCAAGUGCAUAUAUCAUUGAGGCUUUCAGCCAGUCAGUGAGCAAUAGCUGGCAAACGGUGGCCAACCAUGUUAAGACAACGCUCUAUACCGUGAGAGGACUGAGGCCUAAUACAAUCUACUUGUUCAUGGUCAGAGCAAUCAACCCUCAAGGUCUCAGUGACCCAAGUCCUAUGUCGGAUCCGGUACGCACGCAAGAUAUCAGUCCACCAGCACAAGGAGUGGACCACAGACAAGUACAGAAGGAAUUGGGAGAUGUCAUUGUUCGUCUACACACACCAGUUGUCCUGACACCUACAACCAUUCAAGUCACAUGGACGGUGGAUCGGCAACCCCAGUUUAUUCAGGGCUACAGAGUGAUGUAUCGUCAGACUUCUGGCCUACAAGCUUCCACUGCAUGGCAGAAUCUCGAUGCCAAAGUCCCAACCGAGAGGAGUGCUGUCCUGGUGAAUCUGAAAAAGGGGGUGACCUAUGAAAUUAAAGUCAGGCCAUAUUUUAAUGAGUUCCAAGGAAUGGACAGUGAAUCAAAAACAAUCCGUACUACUGAGGAAGCUCCCAGUGCCCCUCCCCAGUCUGUCACUGUGCUGACAGUGGGAAGCCACAAUAGCACAAGCAUCAGUGUAUCUUGGGAUCCUCCACCUCCAGACCACCAGAAUGGAAUUAUUCAGGAAUACAAGAUCUGGUGUCUUGGAAAUGAAACACGAUUCCAUAUCAACAAAACUGUGGAUGCUGCUAUUCGUUCUGUAGUAAUAGGUGGCUUAUUCCCUGGAAUUCAAUACAGGGUAGAAGUGGCAGCUAGCACAAGUGCAGGGGUUGGAGUAAAAAGUGAACCACAGCCAAUAAUAAUUGGGGGACGCAACGAAGUUGUUAUUACUGAAAACAAUAACAGCAUAACUGAGCAAAUAACUGAUGUUGUGAAGCAACCGGCAUUUAUAGCUGGCAUUGGUGGUGCCUGCUGGGUAAUUUUGAUGGGUUUUAGCAUCUGGUUGUAUUGGAGAAGAAAGAAGAGAAAGGGGCUCAGCAAUUAUGCUGUAACAUUUCAAAGAGGAGAUGGAGGACUAAUGAGCAAUGGGAGCCGUCCAGGUCUUCUAAAUGCUGGUGACCCCAAUUAUCCAUGGCUUGCUGACUCAUGGCCAGCCACGAGUUUGCCAGUAAACAAUAGCAAUAGUGGCCCAAAUGAAAUUGGAAAUUUUGGGCGUGGAGAUGUGCUGCCGCCAGUCCCAGGCCAAGGGGAUAAAACAGCAACGAUGCUUUCAGAUGGAGCCAUUUAUAGCAGCAUUGACUUCACUACCAAAACCACUUACAAUAGUUCCAGCCAAAUAACACAGGCCACCCCGUAUGCCACUACCCAGAUCCUGCAUUCCAACAGCAUCCACGAACUGGCAGUUGAUCUUCCUGAUCCACAGUGGAAAAGCUCAAUUCAGCAAAAAACAGACCUGAUGGGCUUUGGUUAUUCACUCCCUGAUCAGAACAAAGGUAACAAUGCCUUACUUUACAUCCCUGACUACCGAUUGGCUGAGGGAUUGUCUAAUAGAAUGCCACACAACCAGUCACAGGAUUUCAGCACCACCAGCUCCCACAACAGCUCAGAAAGGAGUGGCAGUCUCUCAGGUGGGAAAGGUGGAAAAAAGAAGAAAAACAAAAAUUCUUCUAAAGCGCAGAAAAACAAUGGAUCAACUUGGGCUAAUGUCCCUCUACCUCCUCCUCCAGUCCAGCCCCUGCCUGGCACAGAACUGGGGCACUAUGCUGCAGAACAACAAGAAAAUGGCUAUGACAGUGACAGCUGGUGCCCACCAUUACCAGUGCAAACAUACUUGCACCAGGGUAUGGAAGAUGAACUGGAAGAAGACGAUGAUAGGGUGCCAACACCUCCUGUGCGUGGUGUGGCCUCUUCUCCUGCUAUCUCCUUUGGACAGCAGUCCACUGCCACUCUUACUCCAUCCCCAAGGGAAGAGAUGCAACCCAUGCUGCAAGCUCACUUGGAUGAGUUAACAAGGGCCUAUCAGUUUGAUAUAGCAAAACAAACAUGGCACAUUCAAAGCAAUACUCCACCUCCACAGCCCCCAGUCCCACCAUUAGGUUACGUGUCUGGAGCCUUGAUUUCUGAUUUGGAAACAGAUGUUCCAGAUGAGGAUGCUGAUGAUGAAGAGGAAGCAUUAGAAAUCCCCAGGCCCCUCAGAGCACUGGACCAGACACCUGGAUCCAGUAUGGACAAUCUAGACAGCUCUGUGACAGGUUCAAUGGUAAAUGGAUGGGGCUCUGCAUCUGAUGAGGAUCGUAACUUUUCUAGUCAUAGAUCUAGUGUAGGUAGCUCCUCAGAUGGCUCCAUCUUUGCCAGCGGCAGCUUUGCACAAGCAUUGGUGGCAGCAGCAGAUAAAGCUGGUUUUAGACUGGAUGGAACCAGUCUUACAAGAACAGGAAAAGCCUUUACCUCCUCUCAAAGGCCACGGCCCACCAGCCCGUUUUCUACCGACAGUAACACCAGUGCUGCCCUGAAUCAAAGCCAGCGGCCUCGGCCCACCAAAAAACACAAGGGAGGGAGGAUGGACACACAGCCAGUGUUACCUCAUCGGAGGGAAGGGAUGCCAGAUGAUCUUCCCCCACCACCAGAUCCCCCACCAAGUCAGGGUUUAAGACAGCAGAUAGGCCUGAGCCAGCAUUCUGGUAACGUGGAAAAUUCAACAGAGAGAAAAGGAAGCUCUCUAGAGAGACAACAAGCGGCCGACUUAGAAGACACAAAGAGCUCAUUGGAUUGUCCAGCUAAGACCGCCCUAGAGUGGCAGCGUCCAACCCAGGAUUGGAUAAACUCUACUGACCGCCAAGAAGAUGCACGGAAAGCCCCACACAAACAAGGGGUUAGAGCAGAGGAGUCCUUGGUACCCUACAGCAAGCCCAGUUUCCCAUCUCCAGGUGGGCACAGCUCUUCAGGAACAGCCUCCUCAAAAGGGUCCACUGGCCCUCGGAAGGCCGAGGUAUUAAGGGGCAGCCAUCAGCGAAAUGCCAGUGACCUUCUGGACAUUGGAUAUGGGGGCUCAAAUAGUCAAGGACAGUUUACAGGUGAAUUAUAGUAACUGAGAGGGGACAUACAAAGAUGCUCUGAGGACCACCAGGUCUGAACUCAUGGAAGUGAUAACAUUUAACAGUGCAAUGAAUGAUUUCUUUAUUUAUGUACUAUUAAAAAAACUGUAAAUGCAAUGUAAAGACACACAGCCACACGCAUCCCACAGUUCUUUUCUUGUGUUCUCCUCUUAAUUACACCACCUACCUUAACUCUUUCUUGUCAGGAGUAUAUAAGAAAAAGAAAGAAAACAAAACUCACCCUCCAGGAAGAAAAGGAUUUCCUCUGUAUAUAAUUUCUUUUUUGCAUUGCUAUGCAAGCUCACUCUUUUCAACUCUGUUCAUAUUAUCGUCUGUUCUUAUUGGUCUGUUGUACUAUAUGUGAAUUAACGGGCUGUGGUGCCAUAUAUUAACUUUUAAUUGUGUAACUUUUUAUGUUUAAAUUUUGCACUGCAAUUUUAUUUGGUGAUAAGCACAAAUCUCAACUCCUCACGACAUGAAGAAGAAGAUUGAAUGUGAAGGGAGUUUUCUGUACUGUAAGUUAGGUGGGGUAAUACUGGUGUAACCAAUCCUGGGAGAUGGCUUUCAUCUGGGGCUGUAGAAAUAGGAAGGUUCGAAGGAAUGAUAGUGUUGGCAAAGUCUUCUUGAAACAUCAGAUAUAGAGUGAAUUUUAAGGAGAAAGAUGGCUUUUACUAUUGAAAAAAAGCACGGGUCAAAAGAAAGAAGUUUAAGUCUAGAUGAGUAUGGGUUAAAGUAUGUUGGUAGCAAAGAUGUACUAACUUGCUUUAAAAUUAUAAUUAAAGUUUUAUUUAGAAUCAACUUUACCGUCAUUGUAAUUGACCCAAUUGAAAGUUACAAUGAGCAAAAUGAAAUGAAGGUGUUUCAAGAGAUCUGUAUUUAUACUACAGCUUUUAAAAAAUAACAUUUUUGAAAGACCAUAAUUAACCUUUCCAAUUCAUUAAGUCAGAGUAUAACAUGAAGUUCCCCAAGGAAGCAAAGAAUCAACUCUAGAAAUUUUAGCAACUAGUUAAAGAAACAUCUUGUUAUUAGGGCAUACUCAAGCCAAUUUUGGAUAUUGCUCAUCUUUCUAAUACAUGUACAGUACAUACUAGAGGAUGUGGCCACAUCACUUAAGUUCAUUACUUGAAAAUUUAAUGCAUUAUACAUACAAUUUUGUUUUUAGUUUGAUUAAGCAGUGAAAUUGAUGCCACCAAAUGUUUGGGCAAGUUGUUAAGCGCUUAACUUAAGUAACUUAAGCAGUACUCGCAGUAUGUUCAGUUAACAAUUAGUAGAUUUAUUGGACUAAAUAUUUUCUGGUACAUUCUCAGAAAUUGGCUACCAAUGAAAAUCUGUUUGACCCAUUUUGAAUGAGUAAAUUGGAAAGAACAGUCAAACGGGAGAAAAUGCAUGUUUAUACACUUUUUAAAUAAAACCAAAUCUUGUAAGUGGACAUUAA